AUGGCAGCUCCAGUCAACAGGGCUCCCAGGGAUGCUGAUUUGUGGUCCUCACACGAGAAGAUGCUGGCACAGCCCCUGAAGGACAGCGAUGUCGAGGUUUACAACAUCAUUAAGAAGGAGAGUAACCGGCAGAGGGUUGGACUGGAGCUGAUCGCCUCUGAGAACUUCGCCAGCCGGGCUGUUCUGGAGGCCCUAGGCUCUUGCCUGAACAACAAGUACUCUGAGGGGUACCCAGGCCAGAGGUACUAUGGUGGGACGGAGUUCAUCGACGAGCUAGAGGUCCUCUGUCAGAAGCGAGCGCUGCAGGUCUAUGGCCUGGACCCCCAGUGCUGGGGGGUCAAUGUCCAGCCUUACUCAGGCUCCCCAGCAAACUUCGCAGUGUACACGGCCCUGGUGGAACCCCAUGGCCGCAUCAUGGGCCUGGACCUGCCGGAUGGGGGCCACCUGACCCAUGGGUUCAUGACCGACAAGAAGAAGAUUUCUGCUACGUCCAUCUUUUUUGAAUCUAUGCCCUACAAGGUGAAUCCCGAUACCGGCUACAUAAACUACGACCAGCUGGAGGAGAACGCCCGCCUCUUCCACCCAAAGCUGAUCAUCGCAGGGACUAGCUGCUACUCCCGGAACCUGGACUAUGCCCGGCUGCGCAAGAUCGCUGAUGACAACGGGGCGUACCUCAUGGCUGACAUGGCACAUGUCAGCGGGCUGGUGGCGGCUGGCGUGGUGCCUUCCCCCUUCGAGCACUGCCACGUGGUGUCCACCACCACCCACAAGACCCUGCGGGGCUGCCGCGCUGGCAUGAUCUUCUACAGGAAGGGAGUGUGCAGUGUGGACCCCAAGACAGGCAAAGAGACUCGCUACAACCUGGAGUCGCUCAUCAACUCUGCUGUGUUCCCAGGCCUGCAAGGGGGACCCCACAACCAUGCCAUUGCUGGGGUCGCAGUUGCUCUGAAGCAGGCCAUGACUCCGGAGUUCAGAGCCUACCAGCGCCAGGUGGUGGCCAACUGCAGGGCUCUGGCCGAGGCCUUGAUGGGACUGGGCUACAGAGUGGUCACAGGGGGUUCUGACAACCACUUGAUCCUCGUGGACCUCCGCUCCAAAGGCACGGAUGGCGGCAGGGCAGAGAAGGUGCUGGAAGCCUGCUCCAUCGCCUGCAACAAGAAUACCUGCCCAGGUGACAAAAGUGCACUACGGCCCAGUGGGCUGCGCCUGGGGACCCCAGCACUGACCUCCCGAGGGCUCUUAGAAGAAGAUUUCCAAAAAGUCGCCCACUUCAUUCACAGAGGCAUAGAGCUGACCCUGAAGAUACAGGACGCUGUAGGGGUGAAGGCCACCCUGAAGGAGUUCAUGGAGAAGCUGGCAGGGGCUGAGGAGCACCAGCAGGCCGUGGCGGCCCUCAGGGCAGAAGUGGAGAGCUUCGCCACCCUAUUCCCGCUGCCUGGCCUGCCUGACUUCUAG